AUGUCCCUCCAAGGCAAAGUGUAUGUUGUGACUGGCGGCGCAAGUGGCAUUGGUCUCGCAACAGCCAAGCUCAUCUCCGAACGCGGGGGCACCGUCUGCAUUGCGGACGUCAACCCGACUACUCUAUCCGAUGCAGAAUCAUAUUUCGCAGCGAAGACACCCGCUGUUCAAUAUACGAUAACACAAGUCGAUGUCUCAAAGAAGGACCAAGUCGAAUCCUGGAUGACUGGUAUUGUAACUAAGUACCAACGUCUCGACGGGGCCGCCAAUAUCGCGGGAAUUGUGGGCAAAGACCAUGGCGUCAAGGCAGUAUCAGAACUAGAUGACGACGAAUGGACUAGGAUCCUUAGCGUGAAUCUUACAGGACUGAUGUACUGCCUCCGAGCCGAACUUAACCAUAUCGCUGACGGCGGCUCAAUCUUCAACAUGGCCUCCAUCCACUCCACAGUCGGGAUCGCAAACCACAGCGCCUACGCCACAAGCAAACACGGGGUCCUCGGCCUUACCCGCGUAGCCGCCAAAGAAAACGGCCAUCGCGAGGUCCGCGUGAACGCCGUUGCGCCCGGACCGAUUUAUACGCCCCUCAUGCAAGCGCACUGGGAUCGGACUGGCCGAUCUGCUGAUUCGCCUUUCGAUGAGCCCAUUGCGUUUCCGAGACAGGGGACCGCGGAGGAGGUUGCGGGCGUUGUGCUGUUUUUGCUUGGGCCGGAUAGUACGUUUGUUAGUGGGAGUUGUUAUUCGGUUGAUGGGGGGUGGAUUUGA